AUGAGUUAUAACAACAGUAACUACCCCCCACCUAAUUAUCCACCACCUAAUGAACCAAAUUAUAAACAUCAUCAACAACAACAAGGUCAUAAUCAAGAUAAUACUUAUUAUGUACAACCAGAUAUGGAAAGAAUGAAUGAUUCAAGCAAUCCAAAUAAUUAUGAAAAACCUCCACAAUCACAAGAUUUUGAUCAAAGUUUUAAAAUUGAUAAACCAAGAUUUAAUGAUUGGUAUUUUACAAUAUUUUUCAUAUUGGUUCUUGCUGGAUUUAUUGCUAUAGCAGGAAUUGUUUUAAAUGCCUUAAGAGCUACUUAUAGUGAUCAAGGUAGUGGAAUUUAUGGAUCUUCUGAUUCUUUUACAAUGAAUAGAAAUACCGUUAUAUUAUUCGCUUUUAUAUUAGUUUUAUCAAUUGUUUUAUCAGCUUUAGGUAUUGCAUUUAUAAGAUCUUAUGGGAAAUUAUUUAUUUAUAUUUCUUGUGUUUUAAAUGUGGUUUUCUCAAUUGGUACUGCUAUUUUUUAUUUUGUUGAACAUUAUUAUAGUGCAGCAAUUGUAUUUUUAAUAUUUGGAUUAUUUGCUGCUUAUUGUUAUUGGAGAGCAAGAAGUAGAAUUCCAUUGAGUGCAACUGUAUUAAGAAUUGUUAUUGAUGUUAUGAGACAUUAUCCUUCAACCCUUGUGACUGCAUUUUUUGGUUUAAUUUUAAGUGCAGGUUUUGGUGCAAUUUUUAGUUUUGUUAUUGUUGGUACUUAUGUGAAAUUUAAACCAAAUGAAAAUAAUACUGGUUGUGAAGUUGGUGGAGGUAAUUGUAGUCAAGCAAAAUUAGUUGGUAUAUUAAUAUUUGUAUUUUUUGCAGGAUAUUAUAUUUCAGAAGUUAUAAAGAAUACAAUUCAUGUUGUUAUAAGUGGAAUAUAUGGUACUUGGUAUUAUCUUAGUAAUAGUGAUCAAGGAGCACCAAAACAUCCUGCAUUAUCAUCAUUGAAAAGAGCUUUAACUUAUUGUUUUGGAAGUAUUUGUAUGGGUUCAUUAUUAGAAGCUAUAAUUCAAUUAAUUAGACAAUUAAUAAAUAUUGCAAGAUCACAAGUUGAUUCAUGGGCUGGUCAAUGUGGUUUAAUCAUAUUAAAUUUUAUUGUUGGAAUAAUUGAUUGGUUAGUACAAUAUUUUAAUAAAUAUGCUUAUUGUUAUGUUGCAUUAUAUGGAAAAUCAUAUGUUAGAUCAGCAAAAGAUACUUUUGAUUUAUUAAGAUUUAAAGGUAUGGAUGUUUUAGUUAAUGAUAUGUUUAUAAAUGUUGCAUUAAAUUUUUAUUCAUUAUUUGUUGCAUAUUUAAGUUCAUUAUUAGCUUAUUUAUAUUUAAAAUUUACAAAACCUGGUUAUAAUCAAGAUGGUAAUUAUUAUGCACCAAUAGUUGCUUUUACUUUCCUUAUAUCAAUGCAAAUUUGUCGUAUUACAUUAAGUGUUAUAACUUCUGGAGUUGCUACUUUCAUGGUUUGUUUAGCAAAAGAUCCUGAAAUUUUACAAAUGUCUCAAAGAGAUGAAUUAUUUAAUGAAAUUCAAAAAAAUUAUCCUCAAGUUUAUGAAAAAAUCACAACAAAUCAUUAA